AUGGCAGUGAUGCGGACUCCACGGGUGGGCCAGCGAGGCCUCACCGGGCUGCACUGUGGCCGGAGGGCGGCAGGGGCGCACGAAGGAGGCGCAGGCCGAGAUAUGGACAUGCUGUGCUCCCUAAACGAAUCGCUGGCCUGUCCCUGGGUGUCAGGGGGUGGUUUUGGCCUCCUUGUCGUCUCUGAGAUAACAAUGAUGGAGCGUUGUGUUCUGCCUCCCGGACUCUACGAAGAUGGAGACAGGUCCAUGCGGUCUGCGUGCCUUCCCUCCUCCACCAGGAGGAAGACUCGACCUUGCCGUUGA